CAAUCUCUCUUCUCGAACAGAACAUUGAAGAAACAAAACAAAAAGAAAAUGUCACUCUCCUUGCAAUCUCCGCUCUCUUCUGCUCUAUCCUCCAAAUCCUCCUUCCUCCAGAAAGGAGGAGGAGGAGGAGGAGGGAGACUGAGGUUACUCAGUGGAUCGCUAUCUUCGAAUGCUAUUUUUUUCAAGCUCCAUAACCCUUCAUUUCCUCAAAUUCGUGCUUCUUCUCUUGAUGCUGGUGCUAGCACUGAAUUGGAUGCUGUGUCUAGCUUGAGUGAGAUCGUGCCUGAUACUGUCGUUUUCGAUGAUUUCCAGAAGUUUCCUCCAACUGCUGCUACCGUUAGCUCUUCACUUCUUUUGGGUAUCUGUAGCCUGCCCGAUACAAUAUUCAGAAGUGCUGUGGACACCGCAUUGGCAGAUUCAGGGUGUUCUUCUCUUGAAAACGAUGUGCUGAGAUUGUCUUGUUUCGCUAACAAGGCUUUGGUGAAUGUUGGAGGUGAUUUAUCUAAAUUGGUACCUGGCCGAGUUUCAACUGAAGUGGAUGCGCGGUUGGCUUAUGACACCCAUGGCAUUAUUAGAAAGGUGCAUGACUUGUUGAAGUCAUACAGUGAAAUUGAUGUUCCUCCUGAGCGAUUGUUAUUCAAAAUUCCAGCAACUUGGCAAGGAAUAGAAGCCUCGAGAUUGUUGGAGUCUGAGGGCAUACAGACGCAUUUGACUUUUGUUUACAGCUUUGUUCAAGCCGCCGCCGCCGCUCAAGCUGGUGCUUCUGUUAUUCAGAUUUUUGUGGGACGCCUUAGGGAUUGGUCGCGGAACCAUUCUGGUGACCCUGAGAUUGAAGCUGCUCUGAAAAGAGGAGAGGAUCCUGGGUUGGCACUGGUGACAAAGGCUUACAAUUACAUUCACAAAUAUGGGUAUAAAUCGAAGUUGAUGGCUGCUGCAGUUCGCAACAAACAAGAUUUAUUCAGUCUCUUGGGGGUUGACUAUAUCAUUGCACCAUUGAAAGUAAUGCAAUCUCUGAAAGAGUCUACAACCACUCCUGAUGAGAAGUACUCUUUUGUUCGGAGGUUAUCACCACAUUCUGCUGCUGCUUACAGUUUCAGUGAAGAAGAGCUUAUUAAAUGGGAUCAAUUAAGCCUUGCAUCAGCAAUGGGGCCUGCAUCUGUGGAGCUUCUGGCUGCUGGAUUGGAUGGUUAUGUUAAUCAAUCAAAGCGAGUUGAGGAGUUAUUUGCCAAGAUUUGGCCUCCCCCAAAUGUAUAAAGCUUUCUAGUUCAUAUCUGAGAAGAUCUCCGCUUCAUGGAAUAAAUGAAAAGGAUAGUCUCGGGCAUUUUUCCUUCAAUCUCCUUGUGUUUCCCUUCGUCGCCCAAAUAAAUGAUGCGUGGAAUUCGAAUGUAACUCUGUUAGAAAUUUGUCUGGAAUGAAAUGUCGGAAAAAGUAUGCUUUUUGAAACAUAAGGAGAUCAAUGAGCAACAUGUUGCCCCGCAAUGUUCACUA